UUUACCUAAAUCGAUCUUAAAGUACUUAGAAGUUAUAACUAAAAUUAGACGUUGAAUCCAUAAGGCUCCAGUAAUUAUUGUAGAAUGUAGAAAUGAAUCUCUUCCUCCUUUGCCACCCUGAGUUCUGUCUUAUGUCCUACAAUGUCCUUAUGUUGUAAUUAACUCUCCAUUUAUCUCGUUGCUACUAGCUGUCUCAUCUACUUCUGUAACAGUAAUAAUAGCAUUUAGUUAUGCCUGGUUGUUAGCACUCACUUGUUCUUGAAUCAGGACGUGAGCAUUAAGGAUCCACUUCCAAGUUAACAAAGAGUAAACUGUAAGUGAAGAUGCACCCAGAUCUAUCUCCACACCUGCAUACAGAGGAAUGCAACAUUAUCAUACAGCGUCUCAAACAGUGUCAUAGAGAACAUAGCUUCCUGAAGUUUUUGGGAAAAUGUAAUGAUAUUGACCGAGAGAUGAGGCGUUGCUUAGAGCUAGAGGUAAAGGCUAAGAGAGCCAGAAGCAGAGAACACGCUGCCAGGAUACAACGCCGACUGAAUUCAUCUUCCGAGUAACUGUUUCCUGUCAGGUGGAGUGCUCGAAUUCACUGGGCUGUGAACUGGCCUCUCAAAGCUGCCUAAGGCCACUUGGACAUUUUACACAAACCAUUGUCAGUUGGACUGAUUUUUGUUGUUUCGAUAUUUUUGCAUUUCUCUGGCAAAAGUAUUCUCAUUUUUGAUAUUUAUACCUGACUGUUGGAUUGGUCGAGUGUUUAGAUCUUACAUAAGCGGAUUGUUACAUAAUCUGCAAUGCUUAAACUCUGCAGUCUUCAUUCUGCUACAGUGAAACGUGUUGUCUUCACUUCCCUCCCCUGACUAGGGAUGAACACUGGUACCACACUGACCCACAGCUUGAUCACAGACCAUUCUUACACUGACACCUGGUGGGCAUUGAACAUGUUGCAAUGGAAGGGUGAUGUAUAAAUUUUUAACAACUUGAUCACGAUUGUUUGAUGAUUUAAGACUUUGGAGUAGGUAGUAAUUUUAGAAAUUUUCAAAUGAAUAAAAUUCAUGUUUGAAUUUUUAAAAAAGUAUUUUCUAAAAUAAAUUGGUACAAUAUCCACGCCACCGAAUGGAUUAUAAGAAUGAACAGAGAACAGUACAGCACAGGAACAGGCCCUUUGACCCCACCA